UGGCUGCCAAAAAAUGUCAAAAUGUCAAAUGAACGACAAGAUCUGAGCCUGCACUUGCACUUCUUAAUUCACCUCCUAAUCCCAAACCUACCCCUAGUGGGACAUGUCCUCCCCAACCUUUCUCUGCCCCUUGGCAAAUCCCCCAAAAUCCCCAGUGGAUUCUGGGUACUUUCUAGUUUCUGGAGGGGAGGCAGGAGUGUGGCUGGGAAUCCCCAGUGGUGUCUUGCCUGUCCCUGGGGGUUUCCGUGGGUGUCCAGGGCAAGCAUUACGCCUAGUAGGUGCUCACUGUUAUCCACAGUGGCAGCUGCUUCCCUGGGUCUGUGUUCUCUGAGUCCCUGUGGCCAAGACACGGAGGGGUCCUUCCAUGUCCAUCUCAGUGGUCAGUGAGUGUCUCCUCUCAGUCUGCGCCUGGGUGCCUCUGGGCCCCUAUCUUUCUUUGUCUUUGGAUCUUUGUCCCUGUCUCUCUUCUCCUGUCUCUUGUUCUAUCCAACUCGGUCUGUCUGUCUGAGUCUCUGCCUUCCCUUGUCUCUCUCCCUCUCUUCCCCUCCCUCCCCAGAUCCCUGUGUCUCUCCCCUUCCUGUCUCUGUCUCUCUCUUCUGUCUGUAGCUCAACUUUCCUGUCUCCAUCUCUAUCUCUUGAUCUCCAUCUUUGUCCCGUUCUUGCUGUUUUUGCCUCUGUCCAUGUCUCCCUCCUCCCUGUGUCUCUCCCUCUGCCUCUCCCUCUCUGCAUCUCUCUGUCUCUCCUUUCCCCAUCUUGGUUUCUGUUGUCCUCCUUGUCCUAGUUGUCCUUCCUGGGGAUUCCCCUCAGGGACUGCAGCCGGAAGGAAGGGCUGGUGGCCCCGUGGGGCUGGGGAAGGCCAGAGGUCUGCACUUCUCCCUUUUGUGGCCUCUUCCUCCCUACCCCCACCAUCGGGGCCUUCCGUAUCCAGGGUGAUGGGUGCAGAGCUGGGGGCUGCCACCUUGCUCAUCUCUCCAUGAGCCCCAGGAACCCGCCCUCCUGGGUGGAUCUCAAGUCCUUGCCUCCUGCCUUAAUCCGUGAGUCUCCCAGGACUAUCCCCACCCCAGCUCCUGAAAGCAGAGCUGGCUACAGCCAUGACCCCAAGGCUCUUUCUGGCCCUGGUCCUCUGGUCCAGCUGCAUGGCCAACCAUGGAAAGGAAGCAGCUCUGACCCUGCCCAGGGUGUACUGCCGAGCCCCUCGGUACCCGAUAGCAGUGGAUUGCUCCUGGACCCUGCCACCAGCUCUAAACUCCACCAGGCCCGUGUCCUUCAUUGCCACAUACAGGCUUGGAGUAGCUGCCCAGGGGGAGAGCCGUCCCUGCCUCCAGCUGACACCCGAGGCCUCCAGAUGCUCCAUCCCAGACAUCCAGCUGUUCUCCAUGGUACCCUACAUGCUCAACAUCACUGCUGUCCACCCCUGGGGCACCAGCAGCAGCUUCUUGCCCUUCAUUGCAGAGCACAUCAUCAAGCCUGACCCUCCAGAAGGUGUGCACCUGUGGCCCCUACCUGGACAGCAGCUGCAGGUGAGGUGGGAGCCUCCCCGGUCCUGGCCCUUUCCAGAGAUCUUCUUACUCAAAUACAAGAUUCGCUACAAGAGGCAUGGAACUGGCCGCUUUCGUCAGGUGGGGCCCAUUGAAGCCACGUCUUUCACCCUCAAGUCUGUGCGAUCUCAAGCCAGGUAUUUCGUCCAGGUGGCUGCUGAGGAUCUCACUAACUAUGGAGAGUCAAGUGACUGGAGCCUCCCCGCAAUCACCCUUGUGAUGCUGCAUGACUAGUGGGGUUCCCAGUGCCCCCAAAGAGGGCUAGGCUGGGGUAGCUCCCUACAGCUCCCUAGAGCCCUAAAGCUCCCAGCCCUGCUGCCCGUGAUUUGAGAGUGGAUGGGAUCUGCCUGACUUAAGCCUGCUUGGCUUGGGCUGGAGUCCUGGCUUUGCUGCUGCUGAGCUGCUGGGCAACCUCAGGUGACAGACUUCACCCUUCUGGGCUCAGUUUCCCCUUCUGCAAAAUGGGGGUGUGCUUUCCACUUUAACCAUAGUGCAGGGCUAGUGAAUUGUGGGUGUGAGGUAUUUAAGAAAAGAAUCUUACAAUUUUAAUUAAAGAAGAAUCAUCGUUGGCCAGGUACAAUGGUUUGUACUUGUAAUCCCAACAUUUUGAGAGGCCAAGGCAGGAGGAUCACUUGAGGCUAGGCGUUUAAGACCAGCCUGAGCAAUAGUGAAACCCCCAUCUCUACAAAAAAUAAGAAAAAUUAGCAAGGUGUUCCUGUAGUCCCAGCUAUUUGGAAGGCUGAGGCAGGAGGAUAGCUUGAGCUCAGGAGUUUGAGGCUGCAGUGAGCUAUGAUGACACAAUUGCACUUCAGCCUGGAUGACAGAGUGAGAUACUGUCUCAAAAUUUAUUGUUGGAAUCAGGACCCCUCCCUUCAUUCAGAAGAGACCCAGAGUGGACCCCUCCCUUCAUUCCAAAGAGACCCAGAGUGGACAUAGACACAACAAAUCCCCACUCCCAUGGGGUCAGGGCUGGACCAGUUUGAGAAAUCAGGGCAGGGUGCCGAGGGUUCCACAUGCAAUGUGGCAGUAGACUCCACUCAGUUUAUCAGUUUGGUUCCUCUACUUCCUCAGGAAGUGCCCAACUGUGAGCCUCAUUAGACACAAGACAAGAAGGGUGUGGGAAGAUUUGUCUGAGGAGGGAGCUAGCCAGGCAGGCCUUGAAGAUUAGAGAAAAAUCCGUGGAUAUGUCUGUGGGUUUCACUUGGGCCUCAACUCAAAGUCCACCUCUCCUUCCCUCACUACUCUAUCUGUGGGUCCCCCCCAGGAUCUCUACAUUCUAAUCUCCAGAACCCAUCAAUGUGGUCUAGAACACUGCAAAAGAGGCUUGGUGGGUGUGAUCACAUUAAGAAUCUUGAGGAUCCUUAAAGAUUAAAGAUAUUAAAUUAAUGAAAAUACACUAUACACCACUUGGGUGAUGGGUACAUCUAAAGGCCAGACCCCACCAUUGGACAGUACAUGUGUGAAUAGUGGAAUUUAACAUCUACCCCUUAAAUCUAUUAACAUUGUUUUUAAAAGGAAGAGAACAAAAAGAAAAAUUAAUGAAAAUGAAGGGGGCUCAGCACCUAUAGCACAGUGGUUAUGGUGCCAGCCAUAUAUGCCAAAGUUGGCGGGUUCGAACUCAGCCCAGGCCAGCUAAAACAAUCACAACUGCAACAAAAAAUAUCCGGGCAUUGUGGUGGGCACCUGUAGUCCCAGCUACUUGGGAGGCUGAGGCAAGAGAAUUGCUUAAACCCGAGAGUUGGAGGUUGUUGUGAGCUGUGACGCCAUGGGACUCUACCGAGGGCAACAUAAUGAGACUCUGUCUCAAAAAAGAAAAUGAAGGGGAACUAGCCCGAGUCAUGGGAGUGGGCCCAAUAUAAUCACAAGGAUUCUUAUAAGAUGGAGAUAGAGGGUCAGAGCAGAGUUAGAGAUAGAAGGAAAAAUGAUAAAGGAACCAGGGUGGCGCCUGUGGCUCAAAGGAGUAGGGUGCCAGCCCCAUAUACCGGAGGUGGCGGGUUCAAACCUGGCCCGGCCAAAAACUGCAAAAACAAAAACAAAAACAAAGAUAAAGAAACCAGAGGCUGGAGUGAUGCAAUUUGAGAAAGACUUGACUGGCUACUCCUGGUUCUGAAGAUGAUGGAAGAGCCACAAGCCAAGAGAUACAGGCAGCUCCAGAAGCUGGAAAAGUCAAGGAAACAGACUCUCCCUUAGAGCCUCCAGAGGAAACAGCCAGUCCUGCCCAUCCAUUUUGGACUUCUGACCUGCAGAGCUAUAAUAAAUGUGUGUUGUUUUCAGA